CUCUACACACUCAACACCGCCAUCAAGGCAAGGCCCCUUCUUCAGGAGGCCGAUAGAACUACUCUUUCAAGACGAUCAUUCUCAACACGCACCUUUGUCCCAUAUCUUCAUGAGCUUGUUGCGUCUCCGUUUUUCAAUACUUUCGAAACAUCUCCAUCUCGCGACUCCUACUCGCGGUUUCUACACCACUACAGCCACUGCGUCAAGUCCACUCCCUCCAUCUUUCGCAGCCUUCGACCGUAUUUCGCGGCCAAAGUCUCCCAUGCCUGCCAUUACACAACGACAACCCCCACUUGGUGAGAUGGGUGUAAAGGAAGUGAAGAGCGCUACAAAUCUACCGUCGUUCGAGUACCCAUCAACAUGCAAAUUUGAGUACAUUCGCAAUACAACCGAGCUAGAUAGGGCUCUCGGUUCGUUACGUGGCACAACAUUCGGCUUUGAUUGUGAGUGGCGUCCGCAACGGCGGAAGAAUAUCACACACAAAGUCUCCAUGAUCCAGAUCACAGACGGGAAGAAGAUACUCUUGAUUCAUCUGCCUCAUAUCAAAAGCGGGUUUCCGACAAGCUUACGAGAAUGGAUCGAGAAUCCAAAUCUACUCAAGGCUGGCGUGAAUAUCCAGGCAGACGGUACGAAGCUUCAUAAAGAUUAUGGAAUCAUGGCAGAGGGUUUGGUAGAGCUCAGCUGGGUGGCCCGGUCGGCAUACACCGAGCCAGGCUAUUACAAUCGAGGUGUCGGAAUGAUCUCACUUGCCGAGCUGACGGAGAAACAUCUUGGGUGUACAGUAUCGAAGGACUCUUCCACAAGGUGUGGAAACUGGGAAUCACUUAGUCUGCCGGGAAAGAUGCUGAAAUAUGCCGCGAACGACGUAUAUGCCAGCUGGAAGCUCUACGAAGUGUUGGCAACCCGGGUGGGAGAGCAAUCUGAAAUAGAUGCAGUGGAGAGGGAGAUCAAGGUUGUGAGCAUAAGGGAAGUGCUCGCGAAGAAGGCAGAGCUCGAGGCUGAAAGAGAAUUCGAAAUGACUGCUGCAGGAAAGGUCUGACUGCUAAUACCGUAAUGAGGCACGUGUGCAUGUUCUCAUAAGCACAAAAUGUGCUUGUCGUCAGCACUUGGCGUAACAACGAGUAACAGAGUGGUGCGGUGCGAUGCGAUGCGAACCCUUUCGGAUUGCCCAUGACACGACCGGCGGAGUGAGCUCGAGCUCAUUGAUACCCAUGAAUACUGCAGUGCUGGAUGCUGCUUAGUGUUCUCGGAUGAACAAAGAAGUUGGUGGUGUUAAAAUAUAUUCAGUCAAAGGAUGCCACUGUAGCUACUGCAACCCUCAUAAUGAUAUGUCCCUU